UUGACCAAUCAUUUAAUGACACCACACGAAAGCUAAGAAUAAAUUCGCGUGCAAAUCCUCCAGAUUCAUCAGUUUAAAACAACAAGGAAAAGGAAAUAAGGAUAUUAAAAGGGAAGAGUUUUCAUAUUUUAAUCUUUCAUUCAAAACGAUGGCUAUGUUUUCGUUUUUUAUUGUUUUAAUGCUUUGUGUAUCUUUAGGAGGUACGAGUCAAACGUUUGGUACUCCAGAAUAUAUUUGUGGUGAAGAAAUUACCGUUAAUCCUGCACAGCCGGGAGUUCUAAGUUCACCAAAUUUCCCAAUGAACUACCCAAACAAUGCCAAUUGUACAUGGGUACUUUGUUCCAGUAAUCCUACUUGGAAAAUUACAAUUGAAUUCACCAUCCUAAUUAUAGAGAGAGACUUUAAUUGUGAUUCGUGGGAUCGAGUUACCAUUAACGACGGAAGAUUCAUUGGGCCAGGAAAUCUUGGAAUAUUUUGUGGAGACCUAUUCUGUUCUGGAUACCAGCAAGGUUUUUAUCCGUUUGAUAAAAUUAUUAGCGAAGGACCAUGUGUGACUAUCAACUUUUGCUCUGACUUUAUCAUCACUCGUCCAGGUUUCCAGUUGAAUUAUGCUGCAGCCUGAACAAGUCGAGGAUGGUAAGCGACGACGAAGAGAUUUCGAGGAACACAACAAUCAGAUGUUUCAACAACAUGCAGACAAGAUUGACAACUAAUUUAUUUAUUGUUUGAUGAACCUUUCCUUUACAAUACGUUUACAUUUUAAUAGCAUUUCAGAUCGUUGCUACAAUGAAAUCUAUAUAACCAUACUGAAAUUAUGAAUA